GAACAUAUUCCUAAUUGUCCCUUCCAUGCAAUACCUAUAUAUAUGUUUGGCUUCCUUCAAUAUCUUUAACAGAGACAAUGAAUAACUUUCACAUAGCACUCUUCUUCCUCAUUGGGAUUGUGUCCUCCAUUUUGUUUCAGAUUUCAGUUGCAUCUGUUGUUUCAACAGGAAACUUCAAUAAGGACUUCUAUGUUUUAUGGUCACCUACCCAUGUAAACACAUCUGCUGAUGGACACACUAGAACUUUGAAGCUUGAUCAACAAUCCGGGGCUGGUUUUGCUUCAAAUCAGAUGUUUUUGUUUGGACAAAUUGACAUGCAAAUCAAACUAGUACCAGGUGAUUCUGCAGGCACAGUAUUAGCCUACUAUAUGGCAUCUGAUCAACCAAAUCGCGACGAGAUUGACUUUGAGUUUCUAGGAAACAUGUCUGAGCAGCCUUAUAUUCUUCAAACAAAUAUUUAUGCAGAUGGGUUUGGCAAUAGAGAGGAGAGGAUUUAUCUAUGGUUUGAUCCUACAAAGGACUUCCAUACUUACUCAGUGUUGUGGAAUCUGCACCAGAUUGUGUUCAUGGUGGAUAGCAUUCCAAUAAGAGUGUACAGAAACCAUGGUGACAAGGGAGUUCCAUUUCCAAGAAGGCAACCAAUGAGUCUAGAAGCAACUCUUUGGAAUGGUGAUAGCUGGGCAACAAGAGGAGGUCAAGACAAGAUAGAUUGGACAAAGGGUCCCUUCAUAGCUUCAUUCAGGAACUACAACAUUGAUGCUUGUGUGUGGAAAGGGAACCCAAGGUUCUGCAGAGUAGCUAGCCAUGUUAAUUGGUGGAACCUAAACAACUUCAGCACACUCACAUCCCCACAAAGAAGGUGGUUCAAAUGGGUCAGGAAAUACCAUAUGAUUUAUGAUUAUUGCCAAGAUAAUGAGAGGUUCCAAAACAAUCUUCCACAGGAAUGUUCCCUUCCCAAGUAUUGAUAACCAGAAAAGAAACUUUAUUACUGGUUUUGAUACCAAAAAGUAGAAAAGAAACCCCUUGUUUCAUGGAAUUCUCAUAAAAACUUAGUGUAUGUUAUUGAUCCAUUGAUGCUUACUUGAUGAGAA